AUGCCCCUCUCCCACCUCACAUUGACCGUCUCCCACCUUCCUACUUCAACCUCUUUCUUCCUAUCAUGUCUUCAGCCGCUGGGGUAUAAAUUCAUUGGUCGCCAUGACGAAUACAUUGGCUUUGGAUCCAAAGCCGACGAGCCAGCCGACUUUUGGCUUGCCCAGGAACAGCCGGGAACUCCAGCAGGCGCAGCACACAUCGCCUUCCCGGCACCUUCAACAGAAGCUGUGAACUCUUUCUUCAUCUCAGCCCUGAAAGCCGGCGGCAAAAUCCACGGCGAGCCCAAAGUCCGAGAUCCUGAAAGCGGAUACUUCAGUGCUGCUGUUGUCGACUUGGAUGGGAACAGUAUCGAGGCUGUCUAUCGUCCUCCUGGCCAGACUAACAAUGGCAACAACGGCUAUGAUAUAGUAUCUAUGCGUGGGGGACCUUCUGCUCUGCAGACGGGUUCAGUCAAAAAUGGCUCCGUCGUCUCGCGGGCUCGGUCUACCAAAACCGAGUCUGUGAUGCAGCAAGACAGGGCCGUGCAUGCGAUUGAGAAUAUACCGGCGUCAAGGGUCCAGAUGCUGUACGAUCAGCAGCAAUCACAACAAUCAAUGUAUCAAUCAUACACUACUCAAACGCAGAGUGACAAUACCGGAAAUAGCAAUGGCAGUAACCUGUCGGCCAAAACUAUUAUCGGCACACUUCUCGGAGCCACUGCUGGAGCAGCAAUUGCCUAUGCGAUGAUCAAGGGGGAUUCGUCGGCGUCGACUUCAGCUCCAACGACGCCGACGUCUCAACCAUCUGCGCCAAACCCCAUGCCUAUGCCUGCGCAAUCUCAAUACAUUCAGCAGCAACCACUCCCCCCUCCACAACAGCAGCAGCAGCCACAGAACGGGAUGUCAAUGUCCCUGCCAAUGCUCAUGCCCUUAUUGGGACCAGCCCCUGGCUCAGCGCCGGCAUCUUUCCAAGAGCAACAGCCAGUAUACCGUGCGCUCGAAGCACCCCCAGCUGCAGCUCGGAGCACUUUCACUGCCAACGAUGCAAUAUCGGCCUUCACGCGAUCGUCAUCGAGCUCUAAAAACAAAAGUCCACGAGCUGAUACCAUCUACGAGGACACAGAGUACUACCCGUCCAUCGAGGGAGGGCCGCAAGUCCUCAAUGGUAGCGUCUAUUCCCAAGAACCAACCACCAUGACCGGCAGUGGCAGUAACAGUGGUAAUGGCAUUCGUCGUACAGCCAACGGAAGCGUUUAUGCUACUCGAGAGCUCCCCAUCCGUGCAAUCGAAUACACAAGCGGGAUGAGCGUCACAUCGCAAUCACAGUCCCAAACAUCCCAAAAGUCACGCUCGAAAUCGUACCCUUGUGAUCCCAGCACAUUCAUCAGCAGUUACGCCGAGCCGCAACCGCAAGGACACAUCAUCGGAGACGCAGAGAGUGAGUUCUCAUCAAUAUCGACAAUCAAACCGGCGAAAUCAUUGGCGUCGUCGGCUCAACGCUCGUCAACGUCGUCAUCCAGAAGCGAGAAGAAAUACCACCACACCAGCAGUAAUCACUCGAGCACUUCAUCAUCCCAUCGCUCAAUCAAAUCGAGCAGCAAAUCACAUCAUUCUUCUCAUCACCACACGAGCAGCCACCACAGUCGCUACCCCGAUGACGAAGUAGAGGAACCCGCGGCAACAGUCGUAUACAGCGCUGCUCCAUCGUCGCGAAUGUCCGCGCACAAGAUCGCCUUACCAGACAGCAAACCAGGCUCAACCUACUCCGCCCAGCACUCAACGUUAUCGAAGCGAAGCAGUAGAUACUCCCCCCACGAAAUCCCACUGCCGGAAUCCGCUGCUCCGAGCACCGUAUUUCUUGACGCGGUCGAUGCAGAUGCAGACACCAUGAUCACCCCGGAUGACAGUAUAAGCCAGGUGGGCGUGAACACCAGCAACGAGAAUAGAUCGUCCUCUGGACGCUCGCAUCGCUCGAGGUCAGGCCCGUCAUCGACUGCCUCGUCCAAACGAGAGAAGGAGAGUAAAUUCGACAUGCCCAUCAAACCAAGCGAUAGCAUUAGUCAGGUCUCGAGUAAUAUCCAUGCGAAAUCGAGGGUCAGUGAGCGCAGUGACCGCACUGUCAAGGCGGGCUCCAAGGUUCAUUCGUUGAAGAGUGGUUCGAGGCAUUGA